AUGCACGUUGCUAUUAUUGCACUGCUUGCUGCGGCGGCGUCGGUGUCUGCCCUGAGCAAUCCCCAUCGCAGGGCAGCAGAGGUUCUAAGGCGUCGGCCUGCUGUUACGAUUAAUGCGGAGGUGGAUUUACAGAGGAGAGACGAGAGUCUCAAGCCGCAGUUUCUUACGUCGAAGACUGAGCCAUUCGCUGUGAACGGCACUGGUAUCCCAGACGUCAAAUUCGACAUUGGCGAGUCCUACGCGGGGAAUCUUCCCAAUACACCCUCCGGGGAUUCGAGCUUGUUCUUCUGGUUCUUCCCUUCGCAGAAUCCGAACGCGACGGAUGAGAUCACUAUCUGGCUCAAUGGAGGUCCCGGCUGCAGCUCCCUCAACGGCUUGCUUCAAGAGAACGGCCCGUUCCUCUGGCAGCCAGGAACGCAUGCUCCCAUCCGCAAUCCGUACUCGUGGGUGAAUCUGACCAACAUGGUCUACAUCGACCAGCCGGCGGGUACCGGGUUCUCCCCUGGUCCCUCGACGGUUGAGAAUGAGGAGGAUGUUGCGGCGCAGUUCAAGGACUUUUGGAAGCAUUUCGUUGAUACGUUCGAUCUGCAUCAUCGCAAGGUGUAUCUCACGGGGGAGAGUUAUGCGGGACAGUAUAUCCCGUAUAUUGCGGCGGGGAUGCUGGAUGAGGAGGAUGAGGAGUAUUUCAAUGUUGCCGGGGUGCAGAUCAUCGAUCCUUCUAUUAACGAUGACUUUGUCUUGAUUGAAGCACCCUCCAUCGCGGCUCUGAACCACUACCAGUCUGUUUUCACCCUCAACGAGACCUUCAUGACGGAAAUCAACGCGCAGGCCGAAAAAUGCGGCUACCCAGCCUUCAUGGAAGAAGCCCUCUCAUUCCCGCCCAAGGGCAUCCUCCAUCAGCCCGAGAUGUCCAAGUCCGAGUCCUGCGACAUCUGGUCCUCCAUCAUCGAAGCAGCAUACUAUGUCAACCCGUGCUUCAACAUGUACCACCUCACCGACUACUGCCCCUACCUCUGGAACGUCAUGGGCUUCCCCUCGCUAGCAGGCGGGCCGAACGACUACUUCAACCGCACAGACGUGCAGAAGGCCAUCCACGCCCCUCCAACAGACUACUCUGUCUGCGGAGGAGAUGCCAUCUUCCCCCACGGCGAUGGAUCCCUCCCCAGCGCCCUAGGGCCGCUGCCCAGCGUCAUCGAACGGACGAACAACACCGUCAUCGCACACGGGUGGUUGGAUUUUCUGCUCUUCACGAACGGAACCCUCGCGACGAUCCAGAACAUGACCUGGAAUGGCCAGCAGGGGUUCCAGUCUCCCCCGCUUGAGCCGUUGUUCGUGCCGUAUCAUGCCGGCCUGGCUGAGCUGGCGAAUGGAAAUGUCGAGGUGCCGUUCACGCAGGUUGCGGGGGCUGGGUAUUUGGGGACUGUGCAUACGGAGAGGGGGUUGACCUUUGUAGCGGUCGAAGGAUCUGGUCAUGAAAUCCCGCAAUACGUCCCCGGGGCAGCGUAUAGACAGUUGGAAUUCCUGCUGGGUCGGAUCUCGAAUCUAUCGGAAAUCGGCCCGUACACGACCAGCUAGAUGUCUCUUGAGCUUCUCUUCUCUGUGCGUUAUCGUGCUUGUAUAUAAGAUAUAAGGGCAUCGACAGAGACCAAAUCAAUGUGGAUACGGAUUUCUUCCCUCUUGUGGAAAUG